GUGUUAAGAUUGCAAACGUGUUCAAAAUGCAUUUGCCCCAAGGAGCAUUAAGUUUGCUGUUUAUCACUUGCAUGAUGUUUGUCCUGACAAGCGGCCAUCCAUCAAACGACAAGCUUAAGAUUCGCAUCCAUGUGCCCGUAAAGCAUCACACGCAUGUGCACACCAAGACGGUCAUAAAGAAAGUGCCGUUACCCAUUCCGGUGCCGGUCAAGGAGCACAAGGAGCACAAGGAGCCAAAGAAGCAUCAUCGCAGCAGUCACAGUCAUCAUUAUCACGAGCAGGAUGAGCUGGAUGAUGACUUCGAGGGUUACGAGUAUCCCAUCAAGGCCAGGCGACGUACGCGGCAUCCUUUUGUCUAAUACUCACCUUUAUGGGGCGUGGCCGAAUGUGGGCGUGCACAUUUUACGCAUCUUAAGCAA